AUGUCGCUGUACAGGGGCAUUGGCGGUGAUCAGUACAUGAGAAAGCGGAUACCAAAGAAUGCCAAGUAUCAGCACAUCAAAACAAAGCUUGACACUGGGGUUAGCUUCACCAAGUAUAUGGAGCGCCUUGAGGAGAUUAAGCAGCACUACAAGUUCAACAAAGGAGAAAUCUUCAAACGCUUUAAAGUGACAACAUUUGCAGAGUUGGUUCUUCAAGUCGCGUCAGUAUCAGACCUCAAUGAAUGUGUCAGUGGUGAUUCGUGCCACAAUCUUCAUGAGGGCGGCAGCGGUGAUAACAACAUGAUUGUGGCUAAAGCUGAGCCGGAGGCGGCACACACCAAUGGCGCGCGUGAGACCAAGGAUAUGGCACAGGAUCAGCAGCAUAGCCAGACCAUGAGAUCCACUUUGCUAAGUGUCAUCAAUGGAGUCGGCGAGUUGAACGUGAAUGGUGACCAAGCAAAGGCAGCUGAUACACAUGUGGGCACAGACACUGAAAAGCUCUACAAAGAUUGUCCCUACUUGUUGCUGGACGUCCGUGAGCGCGAGCUGUACGACCAGUGUCACAUUAUCACGGCUCACAGUUUUCCGAUCACCAUGUUGUCUCGAACUAUGAAUCCUUAUACCAAGGAAGUGUUGGAAUAUAAAAACGCAGAGGGUAAGAUCAUCAUUGUGUACGAUGAGGAUGAGCGCAUCGCUACUCAGGUAGCGACCAGUAUGUGCCAGCGAGGCUUUGAGAACCUCUUCAUGCUCAGUGGAGGUCUCAAAGUGAUUGCUCAGAAAUUCCCAGAGGGCAUGACAACAGGUCCCCUACCUGCAUCCUGCCUGCCGCCCACAGUGCCGUCCAAGUGGAGGAAGUGCGUGCCGCCUCCACCGCCCUUGGAACAGAUGGCAGGUCAAAGAUGGAGGUUUACAGCAGACGAGCUCGCUAGGAUCGAGGGCCAGCUGGAGAACAUCUCUAUGACGGGCAGUAGUCGUACAUCCAGUCGCAUGUCAACAUGCAGCAGUGUAUCCAAAGUGUCCAGUAUUCGCAGCCGCCAGGCAUCUUCAGCUUCCUCGAGGGAUAGCGGACGGGUCCAGAGGCCUUGGAAGUGA